AUGGCACCAUCGUUACAUCAGCGCGAGGAGAAUGACGCAUUCGAUGCGCAUACAGUAGCUACGCCAGAAAUUAGAGAUUCCAGCAACUCAAUGGCGCCCUGGUUAAUAGCUGUGAUCGUUAUCGGGGUGCUCGUUGUAACAUCGCUGAUCGUAUUUCUGACAUUACGUCUAACAAGAAAACGGCAACGAAUUCCUCAAGAGGAUCAGCCAGACCCGCUUGGUAAAGGCGUUAAAAAGCGGAAGAUGAGGUCGACGGAUAGGCAAGCAGUGGAAGAGAUUGAGCGGGCUACGAUGAUCCGAAAGUCCUUAGCAAGCCGAACCUCGUCGCGGAACUCUCAAGUAUGGGGGUCUACAGAAUAUCAAUUCCAAGAGCUGGACCAGGAAGAUCGAGAACCAGUAGCCCCGAGAGAACCGAGUGAACAGACAGAACAAAGAGAAAAUUGGAAAGAAUUCGAGGCAGGUCAGGUACCGAUUCCUGGUGUUCAAGACACGCAGAUGGGAAUCCACCCGGCUCUUCUACCACAACCUCAAUUAGCCGUUCCGCCAUCAUCUCGAACCCCGUCUCCGAGCCGGGGGCCGCAACCACCUCGAUUAAUUAUCCCAUCAUAA